AUGACAGCCCGUUAUAGAAUUGUGGAGCGUAUUUAUCUCCAACGCUCCAGUUCUGCGACGGACGUCCUCCAGCAGGCAGUAUUGAGGCUAUAUACCACGAUUCUAAACUACCUCAUCCAGGCCAAGCGCUACUUCCAGCAACGAACAGGCACCCGCAUAUUAAAGAGUGGGGUGCUGGUUCAGACCGACUUCCAGGAUCUUCUGGAUAGGAUGGACGCAGAUGAACGCGAAGCUGAUCGCUGCGCCGACUUGGUGAAGACGGAGAUGACCAACGAUGCCGCUGAUCAAUUUGCAAAUAUGUCGUUGGAGAUAAGUAACAUUGCUUUGCUGCGUGAUGCGCUGGAUCGAAUGGAACAGCCUAUCUCCCAGACGCCUCCCCCAGAUAUACAGCGAAGAGAGAUUCUGGACUGGCUCUCAUCGCAGCCCUACUAUGAUCACCACACGGAUAUCAACCCGAAGGUACUAAAAGGGACUUGUCAAUGGGUCGUUCAGCACCCUGACUUUGUUCAAUGGCAAAACGACAGCAAAAACACUCUUUUAUGGCUGCAUGGGAUGCAGGGAUCUGGCAAGAGCUGCCUGACCUCAAUGGUCAUUGACGAGAGCAUGAAAGGCUCUGGUUUGAAUGAGAUGCACUCCCUGGCGUACUUCUAUUGCUCGCGCGACACUGCAGAGCCUCAACGUGCAAACCCCCGCAGCAUCCUUGCAUGCAUUGCGCGGCAGCUUUCUCGUCGAUCCUCGAGUCAACCAAUUGCUCCUCCUACUCUCGCGCUACAUAAAAAGCUUCACUCAAUGGACGGUUCGAUAAAUGCGCCCAGUAUAGCGCAGCUGCGUGAUUUGAUCAAAGAGCUGACAGAGAUAUACGACCGUUCAAUGAUAGUAGUGGACGCCCUUGAUGAGUGCGAGGCCGAGACACGAGGGGAGCUUAUAGAUGCCUUGGAGGCCCUCACUGAAUCAGUCAGUCUGGUCAAGAUCUUUGUUAGCUCACGCGAGGAGGGAGACUUGCGAUUGUCCCUUCAGACUCAUAGCGGGCUUCAUGUCACAUCGCUAGAGAAUGGGGAAGAUAUUCGGAGAUUCGUCGAGUAUGAAACAGAUAGCCUGACUAGGAAGAAUCAGCUUCUUGCUUAUAUUCGGAAAAAGCAGGCCAAGGAGGAAUUAACAAAAUUGAUCAAAGAAGACGUCAUCUCCAAGGCCAACGGCAUGUUUCGCUGGGCGGAGUUGCAGCUACAAAGUCUCCGGGGCAUUCGAACAGAGAAGGACAUCCGAUUGGAAUUGUCUCGGAUCCCUCGGGAUAUUAGUGCCUUAUAUCAAAACAUUUACGAUAAAGCACUCGAAACCACGCAAGAGACGGAUCGGGUCGUGUUCCACAACACCCUCAAGUGGAUGCUUAGUGCACAACGCAAUCUUACGCACCAACACUUCUUCCACGCUGUUACGGCCUUCUCGGAUCUCGAGGCUGAUGAGAUAGACGAAGACUUUCUUUUGGACCUUCUGAGCAACUUCGUUGUCACGUCUACUACUGAAGAUGGAGAUCUUUUUUUCGAUUCGCCCAUCUCUCCUGGAUCGUCCCGAGCAAGUACCUUCAUCUGCGACCUAGGAUUGAAUCCCCUUGAUAUCGCGCCGUUCGUGGAAAUCGGUUCCUAUGAAGAAGGCAUUCACGACUAUUCUCUGGCAUUUUGGGCAAUGCAUUGUGUUCUCGCCAGCGAACAGAACCGAUCGGCGAAAGAUCUACAUAUUCAUGCAUUAUUCCAGUUUUUCUUAUUCGACGACUCAGACGAAAAUUGUCCGCUGAAUUGUUGGGCACACAUUCUCUAUCGUUCAGAGCAAUAUACAUGGAAGAUGAUCCUCAAAAAAUACCAGAGGUCCAUUGACCGAGUGCACUUGCUUGCAUGUGCUUUCGGUUUUGACGAAAUUCUCCGCACGGAAUUGAAUCAUGACCUUGAUGACGGUGUGAAAGAAGAAGGCACCCUGUGGGCCUUUCUGAACGGCCAUCAUUCGACGGCAAAAUUGCUCCUUGGGUCAGAGGGAAAUUCACACCUGCGUGAGCAUGUGCUGCAUCAUCUUGGGGAGUCUUACUUUCAUGGACAGCCUCUCGAUCCCGACCUCGUCCGCUGGCUCCUGAGUCUUGUCGAGCCUGCCGUCAUCACGGAAAAGGUCAUCACCAAUGCAAAUCAUGUCGACAAACAGAUCAUCUCAAUGCUCUUGGACCACAACAGGGAGCUUCGCGUCACAGAAAAAAUGGUUCAAAAGUGUGCGGCUAGCGAAGGUACCAUAGCAGCCUUUUUGAGCCGAGAGCCAAAUCUCGAGGUUGAUUUGGACAUGCUUCUUGCCACCUUGGAGGGCCCAUCAUUUGACAAUGAGCUCAUUGUGAGUAUGAUCAACAGGAUCGACCCAGCAGUCAUUACGUCUGGUGUCAUCUCCCAGGCCGUUUUUUGGUUGGGAUUCCACGACAAUAAACAACUCACGUCUAUACUGCAUCUUCUUUUAGAGCGUGCGGGCCCAAUCCAUGUGACUGACAGCGCCAUGUGCUCGGCCAUCGAGUGCUGCCGCAACAGGGCGGUUGUGGAAACUCUUCUCAACCGGGGCUGGCCAGUGACCCCGUCCGUUGUUAAAUGUGCAGCUAGAUAUUGCACAACGGCCGUUUUCCAACUCAUUUGGGAUGCUGGUGGUGGUCAAAUUACCCCACAGCUGCUCGAAUCUGCUGCUGGUAAUCUUUAUGGAGAAAGAACGGUGACACUUCUGAAAUCAUUGCUGGGCCACCCAGUCGACGAUGAAACAUGGCGCAAAAUGAUGCUUCGCUGCCAUACUCCAGACACGAUGCGGGUCCUUCUUGACAUGAAGCCUAAUUUGCGAGUGCCCGAAGCAGCGCUGCUUGCGCUCGCAGAGAAGAAUGGCAAAAUUCACAGCCGCAAAAUGCUCGCGAUACUUAUGGAAGACAGUCGAGAACUAGAUAUCACUGACUCUGUUGUUGAAGCAGCGUUGGAAAACCAGGAUUACGAUGAGCAUAUACCCAGGCUGUUGGACCGACACGACGCGAGCUUCAUCACAGAGCGCAUGUUACUUGGGGCUGUUCGCAAUGCUCUGUUCGGGGAUCAGAUGACAAAAGCUUUGAUGCACCGGAAGGUCCAAAUUGAGGUCCCAUCCACCCAGCUCAUCAAUGCAGUGAUACUGAAUGUUUAUUCGGGGUUGCGAAUUCUUCGAAUGCUCGAGGCUCACUUUGGACCGUUCGAAUUCACCGAUGAAAAUGUUAAAAAUGCAUUAUCAGGAAGCCUUAACAUGAUGAAGGUCGUCUUUGAGCGCCAAUCGAUACAAGAGGCCAUUCCAUCCAUCCUCUUGAGGACAGCUUCUCAUGGUUAUCCAGACGUGAUGAAGUCCGUUCUCCAGCUUGACAAAGCUGUCGUCACCCGUGAGACACUUAUUGCGGCGGCGGGAAAUCAUAAAUAUGGCCCGGAAAUGCUUCGGAUUCUCUGGAAAGCUGCCCACAAGGUUGAGCUCUGCAUUGAGAUGUUUCUCAACGCAAAGAACGACGAAACCCUUCAGUUCUUGAUCGACCGCGUGGAUGAUGUCCGGUUCGGCGAAGACGUGCUGGAGGCCGCGAUGACCUCCACAACCAUGAACGAAGUUCAGCUCGAUUGCUUAUUGAGCUGUUUCUUGGAUAGCAGUCUCCCGGUCCAGGUGACAAAUGAAAUGGUUGUGAACAACCUAAUUAAGGGUAAUGGAACCAGCCUGUGGCGGGUACUGGUGCCUGAAUUUGGGUUAAAAGUAACCCAGGAAAUGGUCGAUAUCGCGGUUGCGAACCAAGAACCUCAGGUUUUGAGAGAUCUGUUAGCUUUCGGCAACGAGGAUGAACUAGAUGUUCGACAAGCGCAAGCUGUUCUUAAAGAAUGA